ACACUGAACUGCAGAGCAUUUCCUCAUUUGCAGUACGUUUGUAACACAGGUCUGUACAGUAGCAUCAGCCUGGAUCACUGCUUGACAUGGAGCACUUUAUCCAUCAUUAAACCAUCACUAAAGACAAAAUAUGGGGGAGAGCGUUGACGUGAAGGCUCUGAGGGCCAGGUUCAACAGCAAGGCCGGCACCUCGGACACCAGCAGCCGAGACAGCGGCUCCCCAAAAUCACCAAGACCUGGGUUCGGGAGACUGAUAAUGCCCCUGACAGAGAACGAUCUAGCUCAUCACAGACUGACUCCUACGGUUCCUCCUCAUCCUCCGACGGCCAGUCCAGGCCUGGUCAGGUCCCCGAGAUUAGAACCGAUGGCAGCCUCCAUCCACUCCAGACCUGCUUCCUUCCCUCGACCGACUCCCAGUCCUGGAAUCAGAGCAUCCAUCCAGCCAGCCGACCCCGGUAAGGUCAAGCUGAAGGGGGAGAUGCUACAGAACAUGAUGCUGAGGCACCAGAGGCCUCCAGGCACCAAAUCAGCCCUGGCUCCAGCUCCCACCUCCACACCUCUACCGCUCCGACAGAGGAGUGCAGUGGAUGUGACCCCGCUGAGGAGGCCACUGCCACCUGAAGGAUCCAUGCCCUUGAAGCCCAAACGGCCUCCCAAUGUCAACCUGGAGCAUUUUCUGAGGUUCAACCGAGGACCGACCCUUCCUGCUCCAAGAAAGAGUGACGCGGGUUCCCCGGGCUCAGAAGCCAGACAGACGUCUUUAGCCACAGUCGUCAGUCCUCCAAAACCGCCACAACGAUCCAACAAACCCAGAGGGCUGCCGCACCAAAUGGCCUCCAUGGACAUUGACGAUAACCAGGACUGCUACGAUGACAUUGCAAGCUUUGACAAGAACGAGUCCUGGAGCGACAACAGUUCACAUUGUAUGGACGGGGACGAUGAUGACGUUUAUGAGUUUAUUGAUGAGGAUCAGGUGGAUCUAAACCAAUUAAAUACUGAGAAGCAAAACAAAAAAGAAGCAAAGAGUCAACAGGCGCAGGAGAAGAAAAAUCAGAUAGAACGUCAGAAACUAGAAAAUGAAUUGAGGAAGAACUUUCAGUUGCAAGGGGAGGUGGAGGUCCUUCAUACAGCCCGAGUCCGGCAUGACUGGCAUGGAGGAGGAAAGCUGGACCUCAGCGUGCAACAAGGAGCGAGCGUGGAGAUCCUCCGAGUUAAGAAUAACCCCGGAGGCAAAUGGUUGGCUCGCUCUUUGAAUGGAAACUAUGGAUACAUCAGUAACACGUGUGUGGAUGUCGAUUACGAAGCAGUGAAGCGCAAAUUGCUUCAGUCCAAAAACAUAGCCGCAUCACAGUUGCCUCCACCAUCGCCAGAUCCCACACUGAUGUUAAAUGUCAAGUCCCACAGCAGCGACAGCAUGCUUCAAUAUGAUGAUGACUAUGAUGAUGUUGAACCCAUCACUGAGGAUUUCCCCCCACCACCGCCUGACAUCAGCAUAGAUCCCAAAGUGGAGAAGGAGUUAAAAAAAAGAUUUAAGUAUGAGGGGCCUCUCAGGGUGCUGCAUACCAUGAUGGUGGAUCCCAAUAGUCUCAUAAAGAAGCCAGGAGGGAAGGAUCUGCACGUGACUCAAGGAGAAGUUGUGGACAUCAUCCAGCUCACCAACACCAAGAAAGCUCUGUGUUGCAACCGGUUUGGAAAAUAUGGUUAUGUGUCCAGAUCUCUUCUUCUUACAAUGGAAGGAGACAUUUACGACGAUGUUGACUAUCCAGGCGACGUCUACGAAAAUGACUCGCUACACACUGGUUAUUGAUAUAUGCCAAACACAACGUAAGACAGAGAGAGAUACACAACUGAAACUAAAAGCUUUAAAGGACUAUAUUAUUAUCCAUCUGGAUACGUAUGUUUACUUGACCCCACCACUAAGUAGCAUUCACUCAAACAGGAUUCAAAGACAGCAGGUUUCCUAUUGCAACUGACGGGAAACAGAAACAAGCUGUCUGGCUCACAAACAAACCAGCUAAAAAUAAAACUAUUUAAAACCGAGGGACAAAAACAGAAAAUAGAGUGAAGAGAGAGAGACUCACACAUACAAACCUCUUGCUGAGAAUACCAAACAGGUCCCCAUUGCAUUGUUUGUCAAACUGCUUGUAUAGAAAAUAAAUACACUAUAACUGUAGCUUUGUGUAUUGCUCGACCUCUGAGAUAAUUUAAAAUACAUUUUACAAGUAAUUGUGUUCCUUUUUUGUCUUUUUGGAAGAAGAAGAACAACACACUUAGCUGGCUGUGUAAUGUUAAAAAUGUCAUGUCCAGGAAACUGUCAUGUUAAGUUAAUCAGUUUCGUGUCUUGUGUCCAUGUUGUCUCGUGAUUUCCUGUUUUAUUUUGAAAGUCAACUCUCCUCUUGUUUCAGGCAACUUGUUCCUUCCCCUGUGUGUUUCUCCUCUGGUCUGAUUGUCUGCCUCGCUCCUGAUUGUUUCCACCUGUGCCCUUACCCUGUGUAUAUAUUGUCUGUCUCCCUUUGUCCUGUGCCAGUUCGUCUUGUCUUUUGUGCCAGAGAACCAGCCCUUUCUAUGCAAUUCGCCAGUUACCAGGUCAUGUUACUUUGCUUUUUCGCUAUUUGCCCAGUUUAGUUUAUUUGCUCAUGUUGAUUUUUCUGUUUGUUUGUUCCAGUUUAUUAAACAGCGAUUUUUUUGUUGUAA